AUAAUGAAUCUGUUUAUUUCUAGUUCAAAAACAAAUAGUUUAUGUUUUUUUUAAUAAUUUAUAUGAAAAAGACUAAGUUUAUAGUUUCAAGCAGUUGAAAAUAUGAAUUUUAUGAAAUAUAUUUAAUUUUAAAGAAUUUAGUAAUUAUGGUCUUAGCAUCUAAGGAAGUCGUUACCGUGGCUUUGUUGUGCUGUGUAUGGUAUGUAGUAAGUUCCAGUAGCAAUGUAGUUGGAAAGACACUUUUAAACCAAUUCCCAUAUCCAAUGACUGUGACCAUGGUACAGCUCCUAUCCAUAGCUGUUUAUUCUGGUCCGUUUUUCAACUUGUGGGGUGUGAGACGGUUUGUAGACAUAAGUUGGCCCUAUUAUUUUAAGUUAAUAGUGCCACUUGCUCUCGGAAAGUUUGUAGGAUCAGUUUUUACGCAUGUCAGUCUAUGGAAAGUACCAGUUUCCUACACACACACAGUAAAAGCUACUAUGCCACUAUUUAGUGUUGUUUUAUCAAGAAUAAUACUAGGAGAAAAACAAUGUUUAAAAGUCUAUUUAUCAUUAGUACCCAUAAUUGCUGGAGUUGCUAUUGCAUCUUUUACAGAAAUAUCUUUUGACAUAAUAGGGUUGAUGAGUGCUUUGGCAGCUACAUUACAACACACAUUACAAAAUAUAUUUUCUAAAAAAGUACUUCAUGAUACUGGUAUUCACCAUUUACGGCUAUUACAUAUACUUGGUCGUUUAGCAUUGAUUAUGUUCUUACCAGUGUGGCUUUAUUUUGAUUUUUGGCACCUAGUGACAGUUUCAAAUUUUAAUAUGAAUAAUGAAUCGUACAAAGUAAUAGGUUUGCUUUUUACUGAUGGCAUACUUAGUUGGUUGCAAAAUAUAUUAGCAUUUAGUGUUAUGUCAAUGGUUACAUCUUUAACUUAUGCUGUAGCCAGUUCAUCAAAAAGAAUAUUUGUUGUGGCUGCAUCUUUAUUUGUAAUUGGAAAUCCAGUUACUAUUAAUAAUGUCUGUGGUAUGGCAUUGGCUCUUUUUGGUGUUAUUGCAUACAAUAAGGCAAAAUAUGAUGCCAGACGAACAGAUCAGAAACGUGUAAUAUUGCCAAUGACAUACCAACAUACAAACAAUUCUACAUUUUGGCAUAAUGGUAAUGUAAGUUCUGGUUAUAUUAAUGGCAAUAAAUCAUUAUUUGUAUAAUUUUAAACGUGACAACUUCAAUACAA